AUUAACAAAGAGAUCGUUAGAGCACAAGAAGAAGGAGCCCAGUUAGAAAGGUUGCGGCGAUCACGUUCAAAGCGAGUCUUACCAGAGGCGGAAGAAGACGGAAGUUUUCUACUUGUUAGAGUCAGACACACCAGCCUUGGUAUAGUUACCAGACGCUUCCCAGUUGAUGCAGCGAUGUGGAAUGUGUACGACUGGAUAGGGUCACUGAGCUGCACUCCUAAGUACUUCUCCCUCUCAAAGGAGCCUAAAGUGCCAAUAUCUCCUGCUGAAGGUGUGCAGAUCAGCCAUUCGCACCUUCUUACCAUGACUGUGGAAGACGAUCCGUUACCCUUAAUCGAAGAUGACGGCGAAGUUGCGUUCCACGGAUACCAUCUGGGUGAUGAAACGCUGGGGACACCUUAACAGACGAAACCGAAGAUACCAAUGUUACUCAUGGAAAUUUAAAUAAUACUGGAGACCAAUUCCAGGAGUCUGACAAAGCUGACCAAGGAGAUGAACAUAGUUUGGCCGAAGUAAACGACCAGACUUACCAAGUGGCGCGGGUUGAACCUGAUUUGCCAGAGGUAUUCAUGGAGGGAGACGAAAGCGUGGAAGUCGAAGCACAUUUCCACACCUUACAAGCCCGAAGAGGGGAAGAAGAGUUACAAAGGUACCACAUAACUGUGGAUAAAAACAAUGUUGUUAAACAGCUCCUCGAGAUGUACCGUGAAGACGAAGCAAUUUCAAGCAAAAAGUUAGUGGUCUCCUUCGAAGGUGAACAGGCAAAUGGUGAUGGGCUUCUACGAGAACUCUAUUCCCUUUUUUGGGAAUCGUUCUUCUCACAAUAUUGCGAGGGCAGUAAUCAGUACACCCUUUGCGUUUCGCCUAAUCUUUUGGAGGAAGACUUCGUCGCACUCGGACGCCUCAUAACUCACAUGUUUAUUCAGUGUGGAACAUUCCCCGUAAAAUUAGUAAAGGCGUCAAUGUAUCAGGCGCUUUUUAAAGAGGUGUCCGAUGAGAUCAUCCUAGAAUCAUUCCUUCGCCUACUGCCGCCUGUAGAAAUGAAACUGCUGUCUGAUGUUCUCGAGGGCAAGAUAGCGUUAUCGUCUGUUCAAGAUGAAGUAAUGGAUAUUUUUGACGAAUACCAUCAAAGAACCCCGCCAACAGCAUCCAACUUACAGGAAACCCUUGUCAAGAUUGGAACUUCCGAGUUUGUCACCAAACUGUUUUUGCCGCUCUUGAAAAUCAGAGAAGGAAUGGGUAAUUUCUGGGACACCGUAACCGAAGAGGAAAUAGAUUCUAUCUACGAGCUCUGCACCCCUUCGCCCACUCGGGUCGUCAAAAUUCUCCACAUCGUGCCACUAAGUCCGAAAGAAGCAAAGGUUGAAAGAUGGUUACGACGGUAUCUGAAAGAAGCGGACUCCAUCACGUUGGCCCUAUUUCUACGAUUUUCUACAGGGAACGACAUGGUGUUGCCAGGAAGAAAAAUCAAGGUUCGCUUUGAAGACAUGGCUGUCCUGGCAACAAGACCGACGGCCCGUACAUGUUUUCAGGUACUUACUCUACCGCGAAACUACCAAACGUACCACCGACUGAGAGAAAAUCUGGAUUUCUUUAUUAAGAAUCCAUCGCUUUGGGAUCUUGAAGACUGA